CGCGGCGACGCCAGCACCGCGACAGAAAGAGGAAGGACGGAAAGAGGGCAGCGCGGUAACAGCAAAGGCCGAGCAAAACAGACAGCAUGGCGCAACCCUUCCCGUACACGUACUACGCCUGCAACUGCUUCGACCGCGGCACGGGCGACGACGAGGAGCGCACCUUCGACCCCCGCAGCCCCCGUGCCAACUACGCCCUCUUUCCGCUCGAGCACCUGCUGUACUGCGAAGACUGCCUGCAAAUUCGAUGCUCGCGCUGUGUCAUCGAGGAGACGCUGAACUGGUACUGCCCAAGCUGCCUGUUCGAGGUGCCCAGCUCGGUGGUGAAGAGCGAUGGAAACAGAUGCACGCGUAACUGCUUCAAUUGCCCAGUAUGCACCGCACCCUUGAGCGUCAAUUCAGUCGAGAACCCGGAGGCGCCUUCAGCGAAUGGCGGGCCUUACAUACUGGCAUGCUCGUACUGCCAUUGGAGCACCGCCGAGACGGGCAUCCAAUUCGAGAAGCACACGGGCAUCAACAGUCAGCUCUCGCGGCUCGCGAAUGGCGGCAAUCCAAUCUUGACGCAGAAGGAUCGAGACAAGGAACGUGAGCGACAGUUGAAAGAGCUGGAGGACCGCCGAGCCGCGCGGCACAGCGUACGCUCGCCGACAGAGGGCUCGGCCGCAGUAGACAGACCUACCGAUGAGCUUCUUAGUAGAGAAGAUCUGUUCGCGAACCUAAGUGCCUUCUAUAAAACGCAAAUAGAAGCACACACACCCUCGAACCCCUUCGCUGCACACGAUCUGAGCUUCUCCUCGCCCUCGACAUACUCGCGCAUCAUGAACCUUUACACCACUACCUCAAAGAGCAAGAAGCGCGACAAGCCCCCUCCGAUGCGAGAGGCCGCAGCAGAGCUCGAAGGUUUGUCGAUACAUGACCCUGCAUCAGACACUGCAGCAAUCGAACGACUGAAGAAGGACGGCUGGUCGAAUACACUGUCACCCGCGCAGAGGCUUGCUCAAAUCAACCCAUAUGUACGGACGGAAGAUGAGCUUCGUCCUGUUGCAACUUUGCUUUGUACAAAACGCUCGAAGCGCUGCCGGUCAUGCCGUCACAUCCUCUCGAAGCCCGAGUCCAAAAUCACGUCAAUACGGUACAAGAUCAAGCUCCUGGCUCUCAACCACAUUCCACGCAUCAGCAUUCGCGCACUGCCUUCACCUACUGCUCAACAGCCACUUCCUUCGGCCUCGGGCCCAGCGACCUCGCAACCACCUCCGUUCAACUACCACAAUCUCCGCCAGGGGAUACCAUCUAACUUCAUCGUCCACCUCAGCAACCCCCUCUUCGAUCCCGUUCGCGUCACCCUCGCCACACCUAGCAUCACCCCCGGCAAAGUCCACUCCAAAGUGACGAUCCUCUGCCCGCAAUUCGAGAUCGGCGCCAACACCGACGUCUGGGACGACGCGCUAUCGUCCUCCUCCGCACCGGUCAACAAAGGCACGGUCGUAGACUCCGACGGCGCGAUCGAGCCCGGCAAACCGUACGACCGCGGCCGCAACUGGACGAGCGUGGUCAUCGAAGUCAUCCCCGGGUUCCUGGAGUCGUCCUCGUCGGGCUUCAACUUCGGCCGCAGCCAGAGCAUCGUCUCGAGCAUGGAUCAGGGGCCCGAUGGCGAGCUCGAGGAGGACGACGACGUGAUCGAGAUCCCGAUCUUCGUGCGGCUGGAGUUCGAGGCUGACGUCACGGCGGAGGAGAGGGGUCUGGGCGAGUCGAAGGGCGGCAAGGACAGCAAAGAGAAGAGGGAAGAAGCGUUUUGGACAGUGGUAGGCGUGGGCAAAAUCGCAGCUGUUUAGCAUUACUUGUUGCUUCUGUUUACACGCAAAUGAUACCCUCGGCUCCAGUCCGAUUCGCCCUCGACUAUCCCGAAUCCCGUCUGAUGUUCAUAUCUCAGACGGCCCCCACGUUGCUACUUUUGUUUCAAGCCAUGAUCAGCCCGGCCUGCACGUUCUCCCGCGCCUCGAGAUCCUCCUUGCGGCUCUUGCUGUUGAGAUCCAGGUACGGCGCCUCGCCCAGACUGCACACGCGGUCG